AGCAACCGGGGAUGUCGUUACAAAUGUCUCAAGCCCGUUGUCCACAUGCUAGAGGGCAUCAUCGACGCUGAUCUUGCAUGCGAGCUGUUGGAGCUUUACUUUGUCGAGCCCGGCGGAUCCCUGUUUCGAUGUUCCUCGCCCUAUGUCCUCGCUCACGUCCUGAGAAAAGAGUCUCUCCUCCGAUCUACUAACCCCCGAAGAUCUACACCAGCUCUGUUAGUCACAAUGCUCUGGGUCAGCGCUCAAACGGUUGAGAGCUCAUUGUUUCUUCUGCCUGGUCAAAAGUCGCGCGUUUGUGAGGGGUUGAGAAGGUUGAUGAUGGGCUUGAUCCAGGAUAGAGAUCGUGACCUCUGGAAUAGGACUACUGACGGACCUCUGGUGAAGGACUUCAAGUUUCCCUCCUCGGCUAAUGCCACUUUUGGUAGCUCGCAUCAGACAAGCCCACAUGACUACGGCUAUCAGUUCUCAUCCAGUUCAGUAUCUCCGCCUGCGCCUCUGAUAGACGAUGUCCUCAUGUUUGUCCUCCUUACCAUCGUGGUUUCCGGCGGUGACUUCAAGACGGACUGCAUCAGGUGGUGGAACAAGGCAUUGCGUCUUUCCAACAACAUGUGCCUGAACCGAGAAGACACGCCCGAAGACACGCCCGAAGACAAGCCACCUUGUGAAGCUGCGCGAACAGGAUUGUCAAUACCAGAGAUACAAGAAGAGCGUCGGCGGGUGUUUUGGCUGAUCUUCUGUCUCGAUCGGCACUUGGCUCUCGCCUUCAAUGCGCCUCUACGCAUUCUUGAUGAUGAGUGUCAAUUGUACGCACCUCUGUCAGACAAGGCUUGGGAGUCACUGUCACUUUCAGGGAAUUCUACAAUCACAAGCGACAACCCGAUAGCUAUUGAUGACUCGCAACAGCAGCAACAGCAUCCAGGACGCCGUUUCGGGGCUCCAACACGAGUUUCAGGGGUCAGUUUCUUCGAGUACUUCUUGCCCCUCAUGACAAUUUUAGGCGAUGUUAUCCAGUUGCACCGUCAGAAAUGCCAUCCCAGAUUUGGCAAUAUGCGACACCACACUGCCACGGCCAUGAUUGAACAGAUCAUGGCUGAUUGCGCUCAGAGCAUUGCUGACUUGGCCGACUUGUACCAAACGUUUCGACUUGCGCACAACUCCCGCAGUGAUAACAACGACACUCGCCACCACUCCAAUACCACUGCGUAUCACAGUCGGCGACCACCAUCCCACCGCCAGCAUGCACAGGCAGAGCUCGUCACCGCAUAUAGCACUUUUAUCCUCCACGUCCUUCACGUCCUUCUGCACGGAAAAUGGGAUGCGGUGUCCAUGCUGGAUAACAAAGACGGAUGGAUCCCUUCUGUAGGGUUUAUGAAGUGUGCUUCACAUGCUAUAGCCGCGUCAGAUGCCAUGUCACGUAUCUUGGCCUGCGACCCAGAGCUAUCAUUCAUGCCAUAUUUAUUUGGCAUCUAUUUGCUACAUGGAAGCUUUAUUUUACUGUUAUUUGCCGAUCGCAUGCCUCAACUUGGUCCUAAUGAGGCUGUUGAGAAGGCGUGCGAGAUUAUUAUACGGGCGCAUGAGGUUUGUGUGGUCACCUUGAGCACCGAAUUUCAGGUAAGAUCCUGCGUUGUUUCUUUUACACGAGCCCAGCGCCUUCUAUUCUGUUACGAUCCAUCUGGGAAUGAAUAUUCUUUACUUGCAACUUUUGGUAGACGCGGCUGA